GGGCGUUCCCUGGGCGGGGCCGCCGUCCGGGGCGGGGCCUCCGGGCGGGGCCGCUGUAAAGGCGGCGCGGGGCGGCAGGAGCGCAGAGCCGGGUCCGCCGCCGCCGAGAGCGCAUCGCCGCCGCCAGCCAUGAAGACCCCCGGCGAGGUGCUGCGCGAGGGCGAGCUGGAGAAGCGCAGCGACAGCCUGUUCCAGCUGUGGAAGAAGAAGCGCGGCGUGCUCACCCCCGACCGCCUGAGCCUGUUCCCCGCGGGCCCGGGCGCGCGCCCCAAGGAGCUGCGCUUCCACUCCAUCCUCAAGGUGGACUGCGUGGAGCGCACGGGCAAGUACGUGUACUUCACCAUCGUCACCACCGACCGCAAGGAGAUCGACUUCCGCUGCGCGGGCGAGAGCUGCUGGAACGCGGCCAUCACGCUGGCGCUCAUCGACUUCCAGAACCGCCGCGCGCUGCAGGACUUCCGCAGCCGCCAGGAGCGGCCCGAGCCGGGGGCCCGCACGGCGCGCGCGCCCUGAGGGAGCCGCGCACGGACCCGCCGGGACGCACGCACCGGCUCGCCGGCGGCGGGGACCCGGGAGUCCCGGGCUGGCCGCCCCCCGUCCCUCGCCGAGCGCGCCAGGACCUGCCAGGAGGACCUGUCCACGCCGACCCGUCCGCACCGAGCCACAGAGCCUCGCCCCGCUGUGCGGGCGCGAUAAGUUAUUGGACUGUCUAUUUAUUUUGGUGAAUACUCUCAUCAGAUCUCGUCUUAAUAUUUUGUGUUUUUUGCAUCAGUGUCCGUUCCCAUUAAACUAUUGGACUCUUUUCUAA